UGUUUUCGUAAUUAAUUAGGACGAUGUUAGAGAUCCUUUUAUCCCCUGGCUCUCUUAGCUGGGGGAGAGGGCUUUUGUGCAUUUUUUCUGCAUUCGUUGUUGGACUUAGUGGUGUAGUCCCGCUUCUAUUUCUCCCACUAGAUAGCAUUUGUCCUGGGAAAGAUGUCAUUUCUCUCAAUAGGUGGCUUAGUUAUGCUACUGGAAGUCUUCUUGGUGAAGUUUUUAUCCAUCUUCUGCCAGAAUCCUGGAUUAACAGUGACAUCGACACACUUCAAAUUCCUGGAUUUUGGAUACUUAGUGGACUUCUGCUGUUUUUUAUUAUCGAGAAGUUAUGUAUUAAUGAUUCUACUGAAAAAGAGGUCGAAGGUUAUCUCAAUCUUGCUGCCAAUAUAAUUGAUAACUUUACUCAUGGUGUGGCUAUUGCUGGAAGUUAUCUUGUAUCUCUUCGUUUAGGGAUUUUGACGACUACCUGCAUAUUAGUCCAUGAAGUUCCUCAUGAAAUGGCUGAUUUUGUAAUUUUACUCCGAAGUGGGUUCAGUCGGUGGGAAGCUGCUAAAGCUCAAUUAGCUACAGCAUCUGGAUCUACUUUAGGUGCCAUUCUAACACUUUGUGCUAAUGCUUCAGUAACCGGUUGUACAACAAAAUGGAUACUUCCAUUUACUGCCGGUGGCUUUCUGUACAUUGCAUUGGUUUCUCUUCUGCCUGAUAUUUUAAAAGAGUUAUCAUUUAAGGAAUCAAUUAUUCAUUUAACUCUUAUGUUUUUUGGUUUAACUUCAAUGGCAAUCGUCUCAUAUGCAAUGGAUUGA